AUGACGACAAUGCUGGGGAGUCGAUCAAAGUUUUUGCAGAAAUCGAAAUCAUCGAAUCCUGUCGUACAGCGCUACCUGCCUACACCAUCCACUCCAAUUAUCCCGGAUAUGAUCAUUCCGAAUCUCUAUCUGUGUGAUAUGGGCACAGCUCGAGGCGUGUUGCUGCCCACGUAUCCUGGUCAAGGACGACCAGUUAUUAGAUAUGUCCUGAGCGUUCUCGAUAACAGCAUCUCUCAACCAAAGCCAAAGCCAGUGAACAUGGACAAGUUCGUACAAAAGCUCAUCAUUAUGGACGACACGAUAGACGCAAACUUACUGCCUAAGUUGGGCGAGGCAUGUGAUUGGAUCGAUGAGAUGAUGAGCAAGGCUGACGGCGGAGUCUUGGUGCAUUGUCAGCUAGGACAGUCCCGAAGCGCAAGUGUUGUGAUCGCAUACCUGAUGCGGAAGCAGAAUAUGGACUACCAGACAGCUCUGUCUAAGGUCAAAUACAGGAGAAGUAUCGUUCGGCCUAAUCCUGGCUUUCAGACGCAGCUUCAAAUGUGGCAUCAGAUGGGCUGUGACAUCUUUGAGCCUGACCCGCAAACCACCGGCCAGUUGAGGCAAAAGGAGCAGUAUUCGCAAUGGAAAGAGGAACAGAGGCUGCGAAUACAUAAGAGCAUGACAUUUUGA